CAUCUGUUAGGCACUUUCAGCUUAUCUGGUCCUGGCCUGAAGAGCACAUUCGGGCCCUCUCUUUUCUUUCUUCUUCUCUUUUCUUCCUCGUGUGUGUGUCUGUCUUCUGGUUAAAACGCCACAGAUACUCAAAGGCAGUAUUUUAGAAUUGGACCUAGAAGCCAGAACGUGGGUGUCUGUGGCCCGCUGACUUUCAGGUUCAAUAUUACAAUACCAUCCCCAGCUUCGCGGGCGAACUCAGAACGAGACGCUGACCUUGGACUCUAAGGUAAAUAGAAAAGUCUGGGUAAAAAGUUGGGAGGGUUCGCUGCUGUUCCUGCCAGCCGAGAGUUAAAAACGAAAACCCAAGCAUCCGAAACCGAACCCAGGAGCUCCAUGCUUUUCUGUCGCCCGCGGUCCCGCCAUCCGCUCGGGUGGCGUCUCGGGAACUGCAGACACAGCGCGGGCGGGCGCCCAAAGGACAGGGAGCGCCCGGGUGCGGCCCGGUCCCGGCGCGGAGGCGCGCACACCCCUUUUCUGCAGACUCACAGGUUUGCAGGCCCCGCCUCCUCCGGGCCCAGCUCCGCUCCGCCGCCCUGCGGGCCCGGACCCGGGAGCCCGGAGCCCCGCGCCCUUCGCCGCGGAGGGCCCCCAGCUCCCCGCCCCGUGCCCCCAGGAGCGCGGCGCGCCAGUAGUGCGCCGGAGGCGGCGGUGGCGGCGGCGGCGGCUCCCGGCCGGGCCGCGCAGCCUGUGGGUCCCGGGGGCGCAGGGCAGGGAGGCGGGGCGCUCGGCCGGGGGCGGAGCUGCGGCCGCGAGCCCGCCCCCCGCUCGCCCUCCGCCGGCCGGCUGGCGCGGCCAUGGAGGUCUACAUCCCGUCCUUUCGCUACGAGGAGAGCGACCUGGAGCGGGGAUACACGUGCCUUGAGAUGCCAUCAUCAGGUGUUUAAGAUAGAAGUACUAAUGAAUGGAAGAAAACAUUUUGUUGAAAAAAGGUACAGCGAAUUUCAUGCCUUGCACAAAAAGCUUAAGAAAUGUAUAAAAACUCCAGAAAUCCCUUCUAAACAUGUUAGGAACUGGGUCCCAAAAGUCUUGGAGCAACGACGACAAGGUUUGGAAACAUAUUUACAGGAAGGUAGAGCAGCGACAUCUGAACAGAGGAUAUGUUGUUGGAACUCUGAUGGUCUGUCUCUGUUAUUGUUUCAAACCGUUCACGAUGAUGCCUCGUGCCCUACUGAGACCGUCUUCACCUUCCAGAUACACAACGGAAUUCGGCACCGCUGUACCCAGGAUGCGCCUUGGGCUUAUUUCCAACAUUAUUCUUCAUCGCGUUGGCACCUCUCGGGUGGACACUUUCUCCACAGAGCCUCUCGGGUACUAUUUUGGAAAAAUCUGGGCCAUUUUGGGCCAUUCAUAGGUUCCUUUAUAAAAUCAUUCCUUUCACUAAAAAUAGUCCCAUGACUGUGCCCUGCAAGCUAUUCAUAAUCAGUCAGAGAAGUACUUUCCUUGGUUGUCAUCACCGUGCCAUUAUCAUUAUUCAGUGUUCCUAGAUCCUCAUGGCAGUUUUCCUCAUUUGCUUGGGGUACUCUAGUUCACCCUGAGGUAGAUAUUCCUACUCACCGUCGUCUCUGACCUGCCAAAAAAUUGUCUCAUGGCUCUUUGUCAGGUACCAAACUGUCAUAUUCCUAGGCCAGGUGUCCAGAAUUCCAGCCUUACUCUUGCUAUCUCUUCUGUGCCGAUCACACUAGCUGACUACCUGCCCCCUUGUCUGACCCUUGUGUUUACCCUACUCUGUACCCUGUAUGUCCGGGUAUCCCAUACCCUGUAUGUCCCUUUCUCGCAUCUCUGUUCCCCAGAGCAUCCUGAAAGGCUUAUUUGCAGUUGCCCCUCCUUCGUGAGACCUUUCUUGAUUCUCCACACCCAGAUGUGAUACUGUGGAGCCUGAAUGCACCUUAGCUGUACGUACACCAGCACAUCUUACCUUCUGUUACAGCUCCUAGGGCUAACUUCUCCACACCAAGUUUUCAGUCCUGCCUGCCACCCACCUGGGCUCCCCUAAACAUCUUCCAACUUCAGUUCAGCCCACCCUGAUGGCUGUCCAAGCCUGCAAGAUGAAUAGUUUGGUUUUAACGAUAUCUGGUAUCAUUCUGACCCUUUCUUUUGUUAUUUUUUGUUCCUUUCUGGUAGUUGGGGACAUAAUCUGAGAUUGAAAUGACAGUAGUGCCCACAUUCAUCAUGCAGUUUUUCACUGCAUUGUAUUCUCUGAGUUGGUAGUGGUAUUUCUGUAUUAUUUGGUAUGUACAACAUUUAAAAUGGGGCUGCAUAGAAAUUUUAAAUUGUAUACAGCAAAAAAGUCACCACGAAUUCGAAUCCUGAGACAAAAAGACUGAAAAAUAUGCAUAAUACAUAGGACAGAAGUCUGAUUGCUGUGUUAUGCAAAGAGCUGUUACAAAUCACUAAGAGAUAGAUAACCCAGUAGGAAAAUGGACAGAAUUCACUUAUUUAAAAAAUUAUAAAUGCUCAGGAAACAAGAGAAAAAGCUACUUCAUUAUUAAUCGGAGGGUAGUAAAUUUAAAUGAGAUAUUUACUUAUGGAAUUGCAAAGAUUCAAACAAAACAUUUGUACUGUACCUUUAAGGUGACUGCCCGUUGUGUCAACCUUCUGGAGAAGCAAUUUGGCAUUUCCCUCUCUAGGAAUUUAUCCUACAAUUAUUCUUGCAUAGUUGGGCUAUGCUGUAUGUAAGGCAUUUAUUUCAUUGCAAUGUAAUUAUACUAAAAAUUGCCCAAUAAGGUGCACAUUAGUGGAAAAUGUAGUGGAAUACACUACUCCUUUCUACUGCGGGGGAAAGCGCUCCAAAAUACUCCACAGCAGUUCCAAAGAAUGCUUUAACUGUCUAUGUGUAGGGACAGGGAAAGAUGUCUAAGCAUUAUGGACUGAUGCCAGAAGAAAUAAGGGAGGUUUUCCAGAGACCCUUUUAAUGCUUUGUCUUAUGAUUAGUAACAUUCACAAUUCAGAGCUCUGUGAAGACCAAAACACAGGGAAAUCUUGUAAUCGGAGUCAUAGAAAACAGACAAAUGGGGAAGAUCCUAUCUUUUCGUGGUUGAAGUUUUUAAAAGCCUUAUUUAAGUAGAAGAAAUCCGUGGUAUUUAUUUAUCCUUAUAACCACAACCUUGUCUUGCUAUUCUUCUUACUGGCAAGACAAAUCACACGAGCUUAGUAUCCUCCUGUAUCACCGCCAGCUGAAUAAGAAAAUUUGCUGUGGAAAUACAAGGAUGACAGUCACUCUUCCAGAUUGAUGCUAUUUAUUUUUCAUUGGCACAGAAAAGGUUGCUAAGCAUCCCCUGGUCAGGUUCUGCCAGCCCUUUACGGCGGUAAUUGCAUUGUUCCAUGUCUUUAUCAAGGAAUCCCUUGCCAGUAAGUUUUUGGGGAGGGACAAGUGUCAAGGAUGAGAAGCCACAAUGAAGUGCUCGUGACUGAGCAAAGAUUACCCUGCUCAGGUCAUUCUACAAAACUUGUCAGUUUGCUGCCCAAAUAAAUGCCUAGAGUCCGUAAAACAUGGAGCAGAGUGACCCCAGGAAGAAAAAUCAAUUGCAAUUCAUAUUUCAUAUGUCUAUAAUUGCUUGUGAAAGCAUGGCACUGGUUUGUUUGCAGGGCGGCUUUGCCUCUCCCGUUGUUUCUUUCCUCAUUUCUAAUGGACAUGUCUUUCACAUGCCCUGAUUUACAGUGAAGCAAAAUUUGGGGCUUUUUUUCUUGUCCAUAUUACCAUUCUUAUUACCGGUGCCCUGGACUGGAUUUGAUCAGUGCAUUGAACUGUAGACAAGCAUAGACCAUGCGCUAGAAAUGGCUGUUUUGAUUUGAGAUUCUGGAAGCUCUGGGUGUUUUCAUUAUUUGUUUAUUCAUUUUGCUCUGAGGUCAGGGCGGGGAGCGUUGUGAAAGAAAUCGCCUUUCAUUGGGAGAGGUAGUCAUUUAUUAGGACUUUGGACAUCAAAAUUGAAAAAAAAAUUGUUUUUGUAGUCGUGAUCUUAAAUGCUUUUUUAAUCAAGGCAGGGGACCCAUAAUAACUGCUAAUUUGGAAAAUCACCCGGUGUGUCUUAUCAACCCUCUCUGACUCCAGCUUCCCCCCACCCCAAGUCUUUAUCAUGUGUGGCUACUUUUGGAUUCGUAGCCCUUCUGUGGACUGAGAUGUCAUAGGCAUGGAGAAAAUGCUGCUUACUUUAUGGAUUACUGUUAGGUCAACAAAACUUUGGCAGCAUUGAUUAACUUGACAGUGAGUACAGCAGUACAUUUAUCACUUAUGGCUGUGCUGUAGAAAAUCUAAUAAGAGGCAAACAAUUCCCUUUAGAGCUGUAACAGGUUCACUGUGGCUAACGGUGCGUGCACUGGAAAUUUCUGCCUUUAAAUUAUACCCUUGCCGCUGGUUGGGUCAUUGACUCAAAGCUACUCCACUUCCCUAGUCGAGCUCUUGUUAUUAAUUGCAUCACUGUUAUUUGACUUAAAUAAAUAUUUAAAUUGCACUAUGUGGUGUUUUUAAAACGCAAAGAUGAAUUAGAUACAGUUCUAGAAUGAUGAUUUUGAAAUAGCAGCUAGAAAUAGAGAGUUUUAGUGUGUGAAACUAGGAAUAUGACAAGGAAAACUACUUCCCACAAUCAGUGUUCUCUAAUGUAGCUUGUGUCAUAAUGGAGAACUUCGGGGAGAUUUUAGCCUACUCUAACUACUUUGUAAAGAAAAGUAUUUGUAAGAUAACUCUUUGACAUGAAAUGACUACAAACGCAUACUGAUAGAAAUCCGGUGGGAUAUUUCUUUGUUUUUUUUUUCCUUGAUGCUAAAGAUCCCCAUUAACACUUCUCAUAUUUGUUUAUUUUCCUUCCUCCUACAGAUUAAAUAGCAUUACUCAUCUUCCUCCUAUAUCACUUAGAUUUUUAACAGUGCUCUUAGGUAUAUAUGUAAAACAGAGGACACGAUAGGUUUAUUGGACAGUACACAUUCUAUCCAGUGAUCAGAGAGGUACGUGUAAGUGUGAUAGAUUCAGUAGAUCUGGGUAAGUAAGAAAAAGGUUAGGUCUUUAAACUGUUGCAAUAGUAUUCUGGAAAACUAAAGAGUAUUUGGUAGGAAACUUGUCAUUCUUGUGGUAAAAUAUACAGAAAAUCUGAAAGCACGCAAAAAGCAAAGCUACCUUCUCAGGGCAAUCCUUAUUUCACUUGACACUGUUUUUCUUUCUCUUAAACUCCUUUUUUAGACUUUCUGAAAAGCUGUCUAAUUUAUCUUAAUUUUUUUCUUAUUCCCGUGCUAUGCUGAAAUUCAUAAUUCAGCUCGAGAGACCUGGUUAAAAUGAAAAAAUUCCAGUUUUUUGGUUUUUAUGUGUUUUGUUUUUUUUGUCUUUUCUUUCUUUCUUUUUUUUUUUUUUUAGUGCUUUGUAUUUUGCUAGAAAACAGUCUUGAAUUGAGGGAUUUUAUACGGUAGCAUCUGUGAGAUGAUAUAGUUUUCUUUGUUGGGAGAAAAGUGUUCUGCCUGAAUCAAUUGUCAAGAGGUUUAAUAUAAUAAGGCAGCUUGUGGUAUGACUAAAAGAAACACCGUGCACAUGAAAUUCCCACAGCAGUUUGUUUUUAGAAGAAAAACUGAGUUCCCCGGAAACAUGAAUACAUUGAGAAGCAAGACUUAAUAAGACAGACCGUAAGGAAGAGCGGGAGGGCUUGCUGUCCAAAGGUCCACGUCAGCGAUCUCAUCCGAUAUUUGUCUUUGAGAUUCUAAAAGGCGUAUAAAGCCAAAUUACUUUUUUCUUGAGCUUUGAGAAGUGCUGUCUUUGAAUCAGUAACAUUCAAGCCUGUUGAUGUUAGUGUUUUGAUCUAAUUCAACGAGAAUGUGUUCUCCUGUUUAAUCUUUAGGGUAAACGUAAUGUAUCUCCUUUCUGGAAACUGUCUUUUCGGGAAGGGCCACGUCUACCGCUGUGGGUCUCGCAGGUUACAAUAGCAGUACCCCCACCGCUUGCCCUCGUGAGCAGAGGCCGGGUAUUGAUUAACCAUCACGCUGGCAUCAGAACUACUCUUAGGAUUCAAUUUUUUUGUUGUUUUGCAUAUUUUAUUGAUCACAGUGGUAAAUGAGCAUCAAGCGUGCAAGAAGACGAUGAAUUGUUUACUUGCAUAAAAUAACCUUUCAAUAAGGGAAGAUGCAUGGCUUACACUUUGGUUCUGUUCUGCGGCCCGAAGCAGAUGGCAUUCAGCUGCUAUCGAUUUGCUUCCAUAGUUAAGGAGCAGCGUGCAACCCUGCAUGCCCGCUGCAUGGUGAAAAGGGGCGCAGGUUUGGGGGCCAGGGUGGAAGCCAAGAAGGACCGACUAGCCCUCCCUCUAAUCCUAAGGAGAGAAAAAAAAAUCGUAUUUGAAAACCAUGAAUAUCCACUUAAAUGGAAACUUGAAUUAAUGUAAUCAGAUGUGUGCUGGUGUUUUUAGAGAAAGAACAUUUGCGGUCAUCACUUAGGCAGAUGUCUCCAGUGAAUCGCCAACUGAGUAAUAAUCAGAGAAUACUCAUUUUAAGCAUGUUGUAUCUAAAGAAAACUAAAUAAAAUCCUUCCCCCUGCCUCUGGGGUAGAAUGAGGUAAUCUUCAGAUAGAUCACGUAUUGUCCACUGCCGAGCCUUCUGGCCUUAGACAUAAAUGUCCGCGUAAGCUGUGCCGGACGGUCCACUGCUUAACCAGUUGUGCUUUAUCUCUAUUUAUACAACAGUCCGCCCAUAGCCUCUGUCAGCAAUCACAUUUGGUUUUGAAAUGUCUUUCCGUAAUAGGUAGUUACAGAUGUCGAAUUUAUAAAUAUUUUCCUUGAAGCUGUAUCCAACAAUGACUUUACAUCUCAAAAACUAAGGAUAGACUAACCUACCCGUGGUGACUUUCACCCCCCCUUCCAAACUUAUUAAAUACUGAAAACCACUUGUCAAAAGCAAUAUGAACAAAUAGCAAAUCUAUUUACAUCAUAAAGCAUGUAUUUGUUACUCAGAGAUGCACAUAUAAGUGAAGUUUAGCUGAAUAACUUAAUUUUUGUUUGUAAUUUAUAAUUUUAAAUAUAAGUAAAAUACUCCUAACAAAAAUGUAUCAUGAAGCUGCUCGCCCAAUGAUAGCAAAAUUUUGCAGAUUUACUCCACUGGGUUUGUUUUUUUUUUUCUCGUAAAUAAACUGUUAGUACAAAUGACAGUCCUAAAAACAUUCCCAUAACUGUUAUUCUUUAAAAUGGAAACAUUUUUUUAAGUUUUAUGUAUUUAUUUUGAGAGAAAGAGAGAGUGAGCAGGGGAGGGACAGACAGAGGGGGAGAGAGAGAGAGAGAGAGAAACACAGCAUGAAGCCCAAAGUGGGGCUCAAUACCACAAACUGUGAGAUCGUGACCUGAGCCAAAAUCAAGAGUCGGGUGCUUAACCUAUGAGCCACCCAGGCGGCCCUGUAAUGGAAACAUUUUACUGCAGGCUGUUUAUUUGUGGGGAGAGGGGCAAGUUUGUUUUGUUUGUGGGGAGGGGGGUAAGUUCACCUGGUUGGGUCCCAGGGGAGUCCUGAGUCAUGUGAGCUCCAUGUCCCCCAGCCUCCCCCCUACCUUGGCCAUAAAGGUUUGGGGAGGUGAAAUUUAUUCAUUCGCUUCUGUAGCAAAGAACAUUUAUUCCUCACGUUUCUUUCUCAUCUCUUCUUCUCCUCCUAUGAGAAAAGCCAACUUGGAGACCAGAGGAGUUUGAGGUGGAAAGGGACUUGUGUGAAGUGCCUGUGUGUUGAGGGCGUUGUGUGUUCUGAUUGGCCAUCACCACAUUUUAUUUACUCUGAAUCCCUCCCCCUGACCAGGGUGACCCAGAGAAUACCUACUUGGUGCUUUUUCUUUUCUUUUCUUUUCUUUUCUUUUCUUUUCUUUUCUUUUCUUUUCUUUUCUUUUCUUUUCUUU